UAGGAUGUAUUUUCUAUGUUGUCCUUCCGUCAUGCUGUACUCGUCCGUAUUUCAUAAUUAAAAGAUAGGGUGUUGGUUUCCCCGUUUUCUGAAGUUGCGCUCCAAUCCAUCCAGGGGCGCUACGCAGCUGCACGCAGACGGAAGCGCCAAUUGGCGGAAAGUCGUACUUCCGCCGGCUCGGCUCACUAGCUUGUCAGACGUAAAGAUGAACGCACCUCCCGCAUUCGAGUCGUUCUUGUUGUUCGAGGGCGAGAAGAAGAUCACCAUCACCAAGGACACCAAAGUGCCCAACUCAUGUCUAUUCACGCUCAACAAGGAGGACCACACGCUGGGCAACAUCAUACGAGCGCAGCUGCUGAAGGAUCCUCAGGUUCUCUUCGCCGGAUACAAAGUUCCUCAUCCCCUGGAGCACAAGAUCGUCAUCAGGGUGCAGACAACGCCUGACUACAGUCCACAAGUAAUAAGCAAAAUGCACCAACCCACACGCCUGCUGUUUUCUGUCUCCACGGUGAAAAUGUCACCAUCGCUUGUACCAAAAAGCUUGGGAGGAGUGCAACAUGCACACUUAAAAACGCGAUUGCAAUUGUGCUCUUAGGUCUAUCUCAGAGUACUACGCAAAAAUUGCUCUGCUUCAUCUGAACUGGUUGCUGGCUAAUCGUUGGGCACAAAAAGAAACACUCAUUCGCUCUUACAUUC